UUACAUGCGCCGUUUAAAUUUACAGAAGACAGAAAACAUGGCUGCGGACAUGAGAUUACCAACUUUUCGGAAACAAGUAUCGUUAUCACCCUCUCUGUCUGCUUUGGAUGGGAAAGAUCUAGUUGUGCCCGGUGAUGUGAUUACAUCAGAUACAGGGUUCAUGAGGGGUCAUGGGACUUACAUGGAUGAAGAAAAACUAACAGCCUCUGUGGCAGGAGAGGUGGAGAGGGUGAAUAAGCUCGUCUGUGUACGGCCGCUCAGGACCAGGUUCAAUGGGGAGGUUGGAGAUGUGGUGGUCGGAAGGAUCACAGAGGUGCAACAGAAGCGCUGGAAGGUGGAGACCAACUCCAGACUGGACUCUGUGUUGUUGCUGUCUUCUGUCAAUCUGCCCGGAGGAGAGCUGAGGAGACGGUCAGCAGAAGAUGAGCUCACCAUGAGAGACUACCUUCAGGAGGGGGACCUCAUCAGUGCAGAGGUACAGUCUGUUUUCUCGGAUGGAGCACUCUCUCUUCACACCCGCAGUUUAAAGUACGGAAAGCUGGGGCAAGGAGUUCUUGUGCAGCUAUCUCCCUCUCUCAUCAAGAGACAGAAAACCCACUUCCACAACCUGCCGUGUGGGGCCUCCAUCAUCCUGGGCAACAAUGGCUUUGUGUGGCUGUACCCCGCCCCAGGACAGCAGGACGAGGAGGCUGGAGGAUACUACACCAGUCUGGAGCCGGUCUCGCUCUCUGAUCGGGAGGUGAUCUCGCGGUUGAGGAACUGCUUGCUGGCCUUGGGGGCACACAAGGUGCUUCUGUAUGACACCAGUGUGCUCUACUGUUACGAGUCAUCACUCCCACACCAGAUCAAGGAUAUCUUAAAACCGGAGGUGAUGGAGGAGAUUGUGAUGGUGACGCGUCAGAAACUGGUGGAACAGGAGGGUUAGAGUAUCAGAUGCAACCUUUCUGUGACCUUGUCACAAUGGAAGGUCGGUGUUCCCUGCAUUCCAAGUCUAGGCACCAAGGCCUUAACUGUGUUAGGGACUGAACCCCCGCCCAAGGUCUGCACUCUCAACCAGAAGAUACCUUGGGUCGUUCCACAAAAAGCGCAUUUUGUGUCCCUUUGAUAUUUUAAGUAGAAAUUGUACACCAAUUUUGCAUUUGAAUUGUUAUAUUAAAUGAAGUGCUCUUUAAUAAAGACCACAUGGAGCAUUCAAUAAAUCAGAUGGGUUUUUUAUAUGAAUAAAGGCUUGCUAAAGUGUAAACAUGC